AGGGUUUGCGGCCCUUUAAACACAGAGCAUAGCAGCGGCUCUGAUUUAUGCUUCGGAACCCUAACCUAAUCUCUGUCAUUUCAAGAGCAGCAGCCGAAGGGAGAAGCGGCAGCAGCGAAAGGAAGAAGCGGCAGCACCUACAGCAACAGGCGCCAUGGGUAUUGAUUUGGUCGCCGGAGGUAAGAGCAAGAAGACCAAGCGCACCGCACCUAAAUCCAAUGAUAUUUACCUCAAACUCCUUGUCAAGUUGUACCGGUUUCUGGUGAGGAGAACUGGUAGCAGGUUUAAUGCGGUGGUGCUCAAGAGGCUUUUCAUGAGUAGGGUUAACAGGCCCCCUCUUUCUCUGUCCCGUCUCAUCAGCCUUAUGAAUGGCAAGGAGGACAAGAUUGCAGUACUUGUUGGAAGUGUUACAGAUGAUAUUCGGGUUCAUGAAGUUCCUGCUCUGAAGGUCACUGCACUGAGGUUCACGGAGACAGCCAGGGCUAGAAUUGAGAAGGCAGGCGGAGAAUGUUUGACAUUUGACCAACUUGCUCUUAGGGCUCCGCUUGGGCAGAACACGGUACUCUUGAGAGGGUCGCGGAAGGCUCGUGAGGCUGUGAAGCACUUUGGUCCAGCACCGGGUGUUCCACACAGCCACACCAAGCCUUAUGUUCGAGCCAAGGGAAGGAAGUUCGAGCGCGCUAGGGGAAGAAGAAAUAGCAAGGGCUUCAGGGUUUGAGCCACUUAUAGUUAUUAUGAAGUUUGAUGCAGAAUUUGUGUUUUCCAAAUUCUGUGUGCUAGAUUGUAUCCCUAGUGACAGUAGCCUUAUUUCUUGGUUUUGACCGGAAAAAUUAUUUCCUCCUUGGAGGUCAUGUUUUCUUCACUUCUUUCUUCAACGAAGAAGAUUUUGAGUAUGUUUUCUAAAGGAACACUUUUUUUUGAUUUAGCUCAAACAGUAAGAUUAAGUUUUUGAAGUUAUGAUAUUGUUCGAUAUUGGGGUUUUAGCCUA